AACACGACGAUAUGGCGUGUAGACGUGUAUAAAACUAUACUUUUGUGUUCAAUUUGCAUGCAUCUCUAGACUUAAACCGUACUUCAUUGUUUACGUGAUAUUCAUAUUUAUAUAUCUAUGAGUGUUACACGUCGUGUUUGGCAUAAUACGCUAUUCUGGAUAAAAAAAAAUAGUUUAAAUUUUUACACUAUACUACAAAAAUAUUAAUUGUCAUAACAUAAUUUCGAUUACAGUAUAAAAAUAUUAAAAAAAAAAAAAUGAAUUCAAUAAUCGUACCCGACAGUUUACCGGAGAUAUUAAAAAAAUAUGUGAAAGCUGCGAUCCGAUCUCAGCCUAAAGACAUUGUAAGUUGGUCUGCGGAAUAUUUCAAAAGCACAGAUAAUCAAUACAUUUCAUCGGGUGCAGAAAAUAGUAUUAACACUAAACAAAAACAAGAUCGAACUCUAUUCAGAAUAUUAGCUUUUCAAUUAGGUACCACUAUAGGCACUAAAGAAAGAAUAGAAGAAGUUUGGUCGGACUUAUCGCUCGAUUUCAAUCUAUUAGAACAAAUUUAUAUGAUUGGGAAUUUUCGUGCUGAACACGUGGACAUGGUAGAAUUUUUGGGUAUAACUUUUGGACAUUGGACAAAAUCACUAAAAGAAACAAUGUUGUUGUGUUGCGAAGCGUUUUGCAAGUGUUUAGCCGCUGACGGUUAUUUUAUGCACGUGGACGUCGCCUGCAAGCUCUAUGGGUACCUCGCGAAAUUGGAUUGUUCACUUCCGGGUGACGAUUACACAGGCGGUGGCAAACCUGCAGUGGUCCAAACCAGCAAGUCUUUGGACGUGUCUCCAGCGCCGCCAACCGAAGGUGACAAUUUGAAGCAAAGCGAUGUUAGUGUGUCACUCGAAUCGAUUUUGUCUCGUCGUCUAGCAGCAACAGCCGCACGCGGUAAACCGAACACCGGAUACCACGUACUGGGUAUCGGGCCGACCGCGUCCGACGAUCAGGUGCAAAAGGUGUUCGUAUAUUUCAGAAAAUGCGCUGCUGACAACGGCGGUUACGUGUACGAUUUCGACAUCGAGAACGAUCGUUGCCCUCAGUUGGACGCUAUUAAUAAUAAUUAAACCGCGACCUAAGUGUCGUAACUGCUGUACAUUUAGUAGUUUCGUUCCGUAACGUCAUUAUACUUAGCGGAUAACCCGCUACCCGCGCAUGUCAUCGACCCUAUAGUGUGGGUUCGGAUUCAAAUAAAAUCGCGGCCGUCGCGCCGGUGCGCACCUAUUUAGCACUAACGCCGCCGUAGCAAUACUACGCCAAUACUACGCAACACGCAUUGUGUUAGGUAUACAUAUAAAAUAAACAAUUGCCUAAAUAGUAAAUUGUAUAUAAAUAAGUCAUAUAAAAUAUAAAAAUUUAAACGAACUAAAAAUAGACCAUAAGGCUUCAAGACUUAAAUUACAAAAAUGAUUAGGUACCUACUCGUUCAUAAUAGGAAUAUUAACUUACAGCACAGUAUGUGAAUAUUGUAAAUUAAAUAUAUCAUAUUCGUAAUAGAUAAGAUUUGAAUUUUGACUAGUCUAUUAACAUUUGAUUCAUUGAAAAUUAUGCAAUUGUUGAUCCAAAAUGUUUAAACCCUUUUUCAGUCCAGCCGCCACAGCACGGCGUCCGUAAAACCGCAGUUAGCCAGUUAACAUAAAUAAUAUUAAACAAUACUUUCAAUAGAAAUCCCAUCGAAUAAUAAAUCAAGUAAAUAAAUAUCUUAUGAAGACGCUUGCAUAAUUUCGAAGACAAAAGCUGCAAUGCAUUUGUUAGAUAUCUGAAGUUGAACUGAACAAAACAAACAAACAAAAUCAAAAAAGAGCUAAAAGAUAUUUUUGUACAAUAACGACAGGAUGUUCACUAGAUAGUAUAACCAUACAACUUCAAAGUUAACCACCAUAUGGCCUUGGACACUGAAGUCGAGCACGAUCACAUAAAUACCGACACUAGAAGGCAGUGCGAUAGUUCCGGGAAUGUCGACAAAGUACAUAUUUCGGUAGUGGGUUUAAUCGGUUACGGAGCAAUUUGGACGUUUACAGAGAUGAAUUCGUGGGUAUACCGUGACAGAUAUAAAUAUUAUGUUCAAGUCAAAAUUAAUAGUGCCAGUUGCAUGUAAGAAAGAGCGAAAACUGUCAGAGAAUGAGUCAUGUGUGUUUCGAGACUUGCAGGUAGGAUUGAAGACGAAACUGCUAAUAAUAAUUCUCAUAGUCACGCGCGCAAACCAUCAUUCAACUUAAACGUCAUCUAACGACAUGUUUACGUCGGAGUCUCGGAGACUAUUUCGAUCUGUUUACAGGCAAGACUGAUUUAUGUGAUGGGCACUGCGUCAGACUUGUCAGAUUUACAUCGCAUGGGAAACGAAAGAAAAAUAUUUAAGUAUCACCGACAGCUUGCAUAUCAAAAUCAGCACCACUUCGAGUGUAGAUUGCGUCCUACUAACAUCUUGUCGAUCUGGAGGAACGGCGAGGCCGCGAUGGACAACAAAAUUGAAUCGCUGAAAGUCAACCACCUCUUCGAACACUGACGUCAUUGCCGUAAAUAACGAGAUUAGCAACGACGACUGGCAAACUCUGUCGAUAACAUUCAGCGGUUCACGGUAGCAGCCGUCUCACCAUAUUAUACUCGUGUGAUACUAUACUAUGAUGAGUACCUCCCGCGUGCCAGAUUGUGACCAAAAACCGCGGACCGCGGAUAUUCCACGUGGCAUCUGCUAGGUUCGUCGGUCCGCACGGUGCCUGAUUGACUGCGGUGGACUUACGAUUUUGGUUCGCCAACCGCCUCAUCCGGAGCACGGCCAUACUGUACCGGCUACAGUCACCAAAUCAAAGAGAUGGCGACCGAAUGUUUUGACGUCGACCGAGGCACGUCAGGUUCUUAAGAUGUGUUUGCAGACGGAACUUAUUGCUUUUGAGCUCUGAGUCUACAUUUUCUACGAGGCUGUGCACUGUGCUAGCCGUCGAAAACUCAGUAAGGAUUGUCGCCGUAAGCGGACGCUAAAUAGGUACGACUAGCAACGACAGCAACAACUCCGUCAUGACGACACAUCAGUUGGCAUUUUAAUAUUCGGGAAGGGGUAGGGAGGGAGGCUCUUAGAUCGAUAAAAUCAGUGGCGACGAAUGGCGGUUAAUAGCAAAACUGAUCCACUGCCGUAAAAAAAAAGCGCAAUACGCUUGUAGCUCAAUCGCCGACAAAUACGACCAUCGUAGUUCAUUCCUUUAUUCCGCGAAAAAACAAAAAUAAUAUUUUUAUUUUAUUUUUAUUAAAAUAUAUGUGGGAUAAAUAUAUAUAUGAAUUGUGUGAUGAUAAUAUAUUCCACUGUAUAAUAUACAUACUGUUAUUAUUAAUUUAUUGCUUUAAUUAGACUAUACUAUUAUCAAUAUUAUCAUUAAUAUCUCUUGUAGAUGAAAAAAUAAAUUAUAUAUAUAUAA